AAGGAAGCAGGGUGGAGAAGGGUUUAGGGCCGAAACGUCAGCCUUCCUGCUCCUUUGAUGCUGCUUGGCCUGUUGUGUUCACCCAGCCCUGCACCUUGUUAUCUCGGCUGCUGUUGUGUGUCGGUUUGCUUCGUGUAGGCCUGAGGGUUGCCAUGGCAGCCAGGACAUUGCUGGACUUAGGCCAGCUCAGCUCAGGGUGGAAUUCCUAACUGUUAUAUCUCCCCACUCUCGCUCUCCACUUGCAAAAUAAACUGAAUCUGGCUAUUAAAACAGUCUGCACUGAAAGGUUCCUGUGACUCAGGCUACAGCCAUUCCCUAUCGUGUUAACUUCACUUGGUCAUUUGAAUGAAGAAGUUAAGCCCUUCACAGGACUAUUCGUUCAUCCUCAGGACCUCCCUAAGGGACCAGAAAUCCUGUGUUUGGAAGCCUGUAGUUUUCACCAAGACUAUUGGAGUUUCAGAAGUAGUGUAAAGAGCUAGGUUUACGAGUCAGGCAGAGGAAAAUUUUGUUCCUUUCAGCAUAACUUUAUACACAAAGGCAAUGUUAUUUUGAACUGUGGAAUUCUGAUAUAAAAUCAGAAAUAUGCAGAAAAGUCCUGAUAGGGUGUCUUUGCUCAAAAUAUUAGUCUGUUGACUGUUUACACAUGCAGACGGAGCUGCUGUCAGGCUCCUGGCAAAGGUUACUGUAGUUUCCAGUAGCUUUUGCGAGCGAUUACUGUGAGACAAGUUUUCUCCUCUUGAUUUUGGAGGUUGAGGAUGGAGAUAAGGAAAGAAAUGUUAACCUUCUUUCAGGGAAUAAAUUCCAAUUGUUUCCCAGUCACAAGCGAUAUGGUAAAUUAUUUUUUCAGUAGGUAUUGACAUCUGUCAUGGAAACUGAUUGAAAGGUACAAACGCCAUAAUCAACCAAAAAUUUCAGAAUCCAUUUUAAAGUCGUGUUACUAUUAUUUUUCAUGUUAUUUUAUGUUAUUUUUCUGCCGUUAUAGUUGUGGAACAAAAUGGGGAAAGGGCUGUUUUAAAAACCAAGGAUAGUGAAAUGGAUUGCUGCACUCUUUGAAAGCAAGACAUUUGACAUGCAUUCUAAAUGUUCUUUAUUCAAGAAGAGAGGGAGGUUACUACAGAUGAGUUGGAGCCAGGGGUCUCUGUAUGAAGGGAGGUUUUGCCAGCAAUAAUUACUUGAUUGGUCUGAGAACUGGUGACCCAUUGGUACAUGCCAACAACAAUGUUCUUGGCUUGCAGGAACAACUUGUAGAUUUUGGUCAGAACCUCACAGACCUUUGAAAAGGAAGGAACUGUCCUUUGGUUUGCAUGAAAAAAGCUCUUCAGCCUGAAAUGUUAGCUUGUUUCUCCUUAUCAGUUGUUGUAGGCAAUGGCUUUUAGUAAGAAAUUUAAUAAUUGUGCAUAAUUGCUCUGAGCUUCCUGCAAGCGCAAGUACCUGGAGAAGGAAGAUGGAGGUGCAGCAAAUCCUGACAAGCUAAAAGGAUCAUCCCAGCAAAUCCUGUGGGUUUCUUUGAGGAUCGUUCUGAGGAAGUAUCACCAGCCCCGAAUCGUUAACUCUUAACGUGCUGCCAGAUCUGCAGAGCUUUUCCAGUAAUUUUGCUUAUGUUCCUGAUUUACAGCAUCUGCUGUUCUUCUGGUUUUUCUUUGAGGAUUGUAUCGGCUGUAAAGUACUCAGCAAUGGCGAAGAAUGCUUGCACUGUAACCACUGACAGGCAUCCAGUUACUCAAAAUAAUCAGAAUGUGACAGUAACAAUAGGAAAAAAUUACUCUUCAUCCGAAUGCAUUUACAUGGAUUAUAAUGCCACAACGCCUGUGGAUGCUGAGGUUAUCCAAACUGUUCUUGAAGCCAUGCAGGAAGCAUGGGGGAAUCCCAGCAGUUCUUAUACUCCAGGUAAGAAAGCCAAAGAGCUGAUAGAUUGGUCAAGACAGAGUGUGGCUCAAAUGGUUGGAGGUCGGCCAGAAGAUAUCGUUUUCACCUCUGGUGGAACUGAGGCUAACAAUCUAGUCUUUCAUACGGCAAUCAACUACUAUUGGGACCACCAACGCCAGCUGACGUGCAGCCAUAGUAGUACAAAGACUGACUGGAUGGCUAGGCCAUUACCUCACAUCAUUACAUCAAACAUUGAGCAUGAUUCAGUGCAACUUGCAGUGGACAAUCUGAUCAAGGAGGAGAAAGCAGAAGCUACAUUUUUACCUGUUUCCAAGGCAACUGGAUGUGUUGAAGUGGAUGAUCUAAUAGCUGCUGUCAGGCCGACUACCUGCCUUGUUUCUGUUAUGCUUGCUAACAACGAGACAGGAAUUCUGAUGCCCAUUGCAAAGAUUUGUGAACAAGUGAAAUCUCUGAAUCAACAAAGAGGCCCAGAAACACCCCGAAUUUUGCUGCACACAGAUGCAGCGCAGGCAAUCGGCAAGCUGCGGGUCGAUGUGUUGGAUCUUGGUGUGGAUUAUCUCACAAUCGUAGGACACAAGUUCUACGGCCCACGGAUCGGAGCCCUGUAUGUAACGGGGCCAGGCACAAGCUCACCUUUGUACCCGAUGUUCUUUGGUGGUGGCCAAGAAAGGAAAUUCAGGCCAGGUACAGAAAACACACCAAUGAUCGCAGGACUUGGGAAGGCUGCUGAAUUGGUAGUCAGGAAUCUCGAGGCAUAUGCCAGUCAUAUGCAAGAAGUGAGGGAUUAUCUGGAAGAGAAACUGUUGAUUGUCUUUGGGAAGGAUAGACUUCAUUUCAACAGCCACUUUGAGGGGUCAGAGAGAUUGCCUAACACCUGCAACUUGUCUAUUUUGGGGCCUAACCUGCAAGGUCAGAAAGUGCUAUUACAUUGUCGAAGGCUGUUGGCUAGUGUUGGAGCUGCUUGCCAUUCAGACAAAGGCAAUAGGCCCUCUCAUAUUUUGCUAAACAGUGGCAUUCCAUAUCAGGUGGCAGAGAACGCACUUCGUUUGAGCGUGGGACGUGCAACAUCAAAGGAGGAUGUAGAUGCCAUCAUAGAAGACCUGAAGCAAGCUGUUAGUGAAAUUGAAGGGUGUGCUUCACAGUCUGGGAAAUAGGACACAGUCAUGAACUUAUCACUGCCAACAGAAAUCCAGGGAUAGAACAUAGGAAUAAUGAAAGAGGCCUGGGAUUUCUGCUAAGUUGGGAUAAUUUUUUUUCAAAGUCUUUCGAAAUUACAUUUCCACAAUCCUUUGUGCUGGCUUUUAAAACAUCAUUUCUAGAAACCUACCUCGGCAACAUAACAGUUGUACUUGUGGAUUGAAAUAAUGACCAAUGUGUAUAUAUUUAAAAAGGCAGGUAAAAUUAAGCCUGUCUAUACAAAGGAAUUAAUAGGCAAAAUUUAAAUUAGUUUUUAAUUUGCCAAGGGACUGACUAUUGUGCACCAGUACUCUGCAUUUUAUGUUAGAUGUAUUUUUCAUGAUGAACUCAUUCAGUCAAAAGCAAUAAAAUAUAUAUCACUGUGAUAAAUAUUUUCAUGUUGUUUUGGACUGAAUAUGGCAACAGCCUUUAUCAAGGGACUUCUUAUCUUAUUUUUUUACUCCCUCCCUAUUGCAACUCCAAUUAUUUUCAGUCAGACUUUCUAUCCACUAAUUCUGAUGAGAGGUAAACUGCAGUAGUUUCAAUUCAAGUGGCUUAGCAGGUAUUGAGUGUUUUUAGCAUCUGAUUCCACCUGACCAAACUGAUUCAAACCGAAGUAUUCAUUAUUAUAGUGGCUUGGAAGUUAUGGACUCUUGUUAUUUAUAGUGACCUCUAGUCUUCAGACAAAAGUGUCCUAAAAAACUAUUAUUUUAAAACUGUAUCUUUCCCAUGUUUUUCCAUCUAAGAUCAUGUAUUUAUGGAUACUUGCUUGAUGGUGUGAAUGAAAUUCUUGCUUUCCUCUUGAUCCAACAUGCCAACUGCAAAAGUCAGUAAAAGCCUUAAAGAAGUUGAUUCAAGGCUAAUAGUUCAUCUAUCUACCAGUAAUUCAAUACAGUAAUAAACAAAAAUUUAUACGCACCAUUAUUUCUUAACAGCAAUAAGUUAACUUAGAGGGAUUUCAUGUUGACCCUUGCCUAAUGGUAUCAGAAGCAAUUUUCUUUGAAUACCUUAGACACCAUACAUAGCCUCAAAUAGUCAAAACAAAGUCAGCCUGAUAUGCCUGUUCACAAAUGUCUAAAGCCAAACUGACAGCACUACCAUCCUCCCAGGCAAAUGCAUAAUUGCAUCAGUAAGCCAAAUCUACAGGGAGGAGUUCAAAACCAAAUCAGCUAGUUAAUCCCCUCAAUUCUUUUCUCAAAUAUUCCUUAAGUUUAUUGGGGUUAUGCUGUCAAGUAACACCUCAGCAACAGUUUGGAUCUUAUCAUAAUCACUUGCUUCUGGAUCUUAUUGCAGCCUUGGUCUAAUAAUGGACAAUAAACUAAAUUCAAGAGCUGAGGUGAGAGAAUCUGCCCUCAAUAUCAAGGCAUCAUUUGAUGCAGUGUGGCAGCAAGGAGCCCUGGUAAAAUUGAAAUCAGUAGGGAUUUAGGAAAAAGAACUUCCCAUUGUCUGAUGUCAUACCUACCACAAAGAAUUAUGGUUAUGAUUGUUAGAAACCCACUGUCUUAAUUGCUUCAUCCAUGGCCCUUGCUCAAAAUAAGGUCAGCAGUGAGAUUGUUGAUUGAGCUCUCAACAUCGGCUUUUAUUCACAGCUCCUUAUGAGAAAAAACGUCGGCUUGUAGCAAGAGUGGCUCAGUGGUUAGCACUGCUGACUCAUAGGGCAAGGGACCUAGGUUCAACUUCACUGUCAGGCAAUUGUGUGGAGUUUGCAUGUCUUCCCUGUGUUUGCAUGGGUUUCCUUCUACAGUGCAAAGAUGGUUAGGUGGCUUAGCCAUGCUAAAUUAUCCAUUGUGUCCAGGCACGUGCAGGUUAAAGAGGUUAGCAAUGGUAAAUGCAGGGUUACAGGGAUAGGGUGUGGAUGGUCUUUGGAGGUGUCGCGGGAACUUGAUGAUCCAAAUGGCAUACUUCCAUUGUGGGUAUUCUCUGAUUCUAGAAGCUGGACAAUGCCCAGCCUCGGGCUGAAAAGUCACAGCUAAUUGCUCAAAAGAAACCAAACCUUGAUCAUACCAUCUUUACAAUCCACCACCCCAUCUUCGAGCUCCCUUACCUUCCAAAGUCCAUAAAUAUUCUGUCAUCUUCAAAAUACAUACACAAAUUUCCUGGGCCUGCAUAUCUGAAUACCUUGCCUCAGGUUUCCAGCCCUGUCACAGUACUACAGCUCUUAACAAAUUUUGAAAUUACAUUGUACAUGACAGUGACUAAGGUCAGCUUUCCCUACUUGAUCUUUCUGACCUUUCUGCAGCCUGACUGUUGACCACACCAUUUCCCUCUAACGUCACCCCAGUGUCAUUGUGCUUGAUGGGACUGUUGUCCCAAGGGGUUUCAAUUUAGUCUUUCGAAUUGUAUUCCCAGCUUCCCAGUUAAGCAAGAUUUUGAUUUUAAAACUCGUCAAAUUGUGCUUGUGUUACACUUGAUCAAAAUUUGUUGAGAUAAAGGUUCAACACAUUUAAUGAUCAUAAGCCACCUCAUAUGUUGAUAUAGAAUAUGAAACCAUAACAUUUCUGUUGAAGACAUCCCAAAGUGAGAUGAAUUGUGAUGUAUGUUCAGAGAGGAACAUUGGCCAGGACAUCAGGUUAGUGACCCAGCCCUAUAAAAAGUAGCCAGCAUAAUGUCACAUCAGGAGGCUGUGACUUUUGACACUGCAGCACUCCCUCAUUGCUGUCCUGGAGUAUCAACCUAACAAAUCUGAAGGAUGGAUGAGCGAAAAAGAAAAUAAGCUGUUUAUGGCUCAAAUUAUACAAUAUACCUAAAUGUGUAAUUGAUGGCUUGUUUAAUGAGCUGACAAUGAAGUUUUACAUAGCAAUUCAAAAAUUAAUUCAAGAAAAUAGCACAAAUUUGUUUAUUCAUUAGAUAUCUGAAUAUGAUCCAUUGAAUUUUACACUGUAAUGUAUUAAAUCCAUGCAACACGCUUGUUAUAGUUCAUAUAUUGAGGUCUCCCAUCUCUGUAAUACCUCAAUUUUUCAGAGUAUCCAAAAAGCAGUCUCGACAAUAAAGCCCCCUUCUCAUUUCAGUCACAUAACUGCAGUGACUUCACUAAACUGAUUGGAAGGGUGAGAUUUUGACAUUUUAA